UGGGCGAUCUGAUCAAGCGCACUGCAUCUGCAACUACUUCUCUUUUUCUUUUUUGCCUUUGGCUUUUGCACCUCAGCUGAAGAUCCCCUUGAUACCUUCAUGGGAAAAUCGUACCCGAAAGUAAGCCAGGAGUACGAGAAGGCAGUUGAGAAAUGCAAGAGGAAGCUCAGAGGCUUCAUUGCUGAGAAGCAUUGUGCUCCUUUGAUCCUCCGACUAGCAUGGCAUUCCGCAGGGACCUAUGAUGUGGAUACGAAAACUGGAGGGCCCUUCGGGACUAUCAAGCACCCGGCCGAGCUUUCUCAUGAUGCUAAUAAUGGCCUUGAUAUUGCUGUCCGACUUUUGGAGCCAAUCAAGGAACAAUUUCCACUCCUCACCUAUGCUGAUUUCUAUCAGUUGGCUGGAAUUGUUGCCGUUGAGGUCACUGGAGGCCCUGAGAUUCCUUUUCAUCCCGGCAGACCUGACAAAGAUGAACCUCCUCCUGAAGGACGUUUGCCAGAUGCAACUAAAGGUUACUUAUUUGUACUAUCUAAUUUCAGCAUAGAUGUGAUAUGACUGAAAUCUCAAGAUUGCAUUGCUCUUUCUGGUGGUCAUACUUUGGGAAGGUGUCACAAGGAACGUUCUGGAUUUGAGGGACCUUGGACCAGUAAUCCUCUAAUCUUUGAUAACUCCUACUUCAAAGAACUGCUGCGUGGAGAGAAAGAAGAUCUUAUCCGGCUUCCAUCUGACAAAGCACUUUUGGAAGAUCCAGCGUUACGUCCAUUAGUUGAGAAAUAUGCUGCGGACGAGGAUGCCUUCUUUGCAGACUAUGCUGAAGCUCAUUUGAAGCUCUCGGAACUUGGGUUCGCGGAUGAUGCUUGAAGUUCCAUGACGAAGCAGGGAAUUGGUCGUGGGAUGGGACAAAGAAGUCUUGCCCUGCUCGCUUUUCUUUGACUUCUGCAUAUGCCUUCCUCCAGUUCCGAUUGUAGAUGAUUUACUCCCUUAAUGGCCCUCAACAUUUGAUCCGUUGAAUUUGUACUGUGUAUCAUUGCUACUAUAGGCUACAUAAUCGUGAGCUGCUCAUUAGAUUUGGGUAAUCACUUUAUGAACUGAACCAGGGUGAUUGUUUUUUUUCGUUUGUUGUAUAGGCAUUAAAUGCUUUGUAUGAACAAUGAGGGAUCAUGGCCAGCUUGUUCGUGUACAAUAAUCCUAUUUCUUGG